AGCCUCUCGUAGAUUAAUCUGAAGAUGUGUCUCCUAAUUUAUGCUCUGUUGAUGAUCAGACAAGGAUGUUGCACAGGUGAUUAUAUAUUUGGGACAAAGACCGUUUCUGUUGGACAAAAUGUGACCUUCACGUGCCCUCGUGAGAAAACUCUUUCACAUGUAGAAACUUUCUAUUGGAUGAGAAUUGUUUCUGGAAACCAGCCUGAACUCUUGGGAGCAACAUUCACCCUUGAUGGUGACAGCACUAGUAAAACUCCUGACAUCACUGCAAAACAAGAGAAACAAACUUUUAUUCUAGAUAUCAAGGAAACUAAACUGAAUGAUACCGGUCUUUACUUUUGUAUUAAAGUCUAUGCUUUGGACAUGAUGUUUUUGAAAGGAGAAUUUCUGAGGAUUAAAGGACCAGAACCAGAUACAAUUGCUGUUUCUCAAGUGUCUCCAUCUGAUCCAGUUCAUCCAGGAAAACAAAUAACUCUGGAUUGUUCAGUCUUUUCUGACUCUGAGAAGAAAAGAUGUCCAUCAAAUGUGUACUGGUUCAGAGCUGGAUCAGAUGAGUCUCAUCCUAGUUUGAUUUAUGCUCAUAAAAACAGUUCUGGUGACUGUAACAGUAGUCCUGAGACUCGCUCUGCUCAGAAAUGUGAUUACAGCUUCUCCAAGACCGCCAGCUCCACUGAUGCUGGGACUUACUACUGUGCUGUGGCCUCAUGUGGACAGAUAUUAUUUGGAAACGGAGCUAAACUGGAAGUCAAAGACACGUGGGAUUUACAAACGGCCAAUGUGAUUCUCUGUCUGCUUUGUGCUGCUUUGACAACAAGUCUUGUUGUAAUAAGCUUCCUCAUUUACACCCUCAAGAAGAAAAGUAAUUUCAAUGAUCCUGUAACGACCUGUGGUGAUCGGCAAAUUCAAGAGAGGAACGAGGACUCCUUGGUUUAUUCAGAAACGGCCUUCUCCAAGCGGAAAGCUGGCAGAGCCGAGAGAAGACAUGUACAAAGACCACAGGAGAUAAUCUACAGCGAUGUUAGAGUUUAAUAUAUUCAUUUAUUUUUCUUGUGACAAAGUGUGAAAAAAAAGUGUUUGAGCACAACUGAAGCUUGUCUGUCUCACCUCUGGAAUUUACAGCUUUACGUCAUUCAAACUACUGAAUGCAUGAUAUUAAAAGCGUACUAUAGUGUUUUAUUUUUUUAAAUUUCUAUUCUUAAUAAGUGAACAUUGAGAAGAAGGUGUGCGGGAGUUUUCUUGUUAAGUUUGGCUGCUGCUUUCCUCCUCCGACGCACCUUUUUGCAAAUCUGGUGUCCAAAAGGUUUUCCACUUCGGUUAUUUCUAUUCUUAAAAUUGUUUUAUAUAUGAAAAAGGUGAUCGCAGAAAUAUUUAAAUUCAUUGCUUUUAGUCUUUCAAAGCCUUUUAGAGCUGAGG